CCCGCCGCUAGAUCCGCUGCUGCUGCCGCGGCGGGCGGAUCUGCAGGAGGCGGCGGCCGAGGCCGAGAGAAAAUGGCGGACGGUGUGGACCACAUAGACAUUUACGCGGAUGUGGGCGAAGAGUUCAACCAGGAAGCUGAAUAUGGUGGGCAUGAUCAGAUAGAUUUGUAUGAUGAUGUCAUCUCUCCAUCUGCAAAUAAUGGAGAUGCCCCAGAAGACCGGGAUUACAUGGAUACUCUCCCACCAACUGUUGGUGAUGAUGUGGGUAAAGGAGCAGCACCAAAUGUUGUUUAUACAUAUACUGGGAAGAGAAUUGCAUUAUAUAUUGGCAAUCUAACGUGGUGGACAACAGAUGAAGACUUAACUGAAGCAGUUCAUUCUUUGGGAGUAAAUGAUAUUUUGGAGAUAAAGUUUUUUGAAAAUCGGGCAAAUGGGCAGUCAAAAGGGUUUGCCCUCGUUGGUGUUGGAUCUGAAGCAUCCUCAAAAAAGCUAAUGGAUCUGUUGCCUAAAAGAGAACUACAUGGUCAGAAUCCUGUUGUAACUCCAUGCAAUAAACAGUUCCUGAGUCAAUUUGAAAUGCAGUCCAGGAAAACUACACAAUCAGGACAAAUGUCUGGGGAAGGUAAAGCUGGUCCUCCAGGAGGCAGUUCACGUGCAGCAUUUCCACAAGGUGGUAGAGGACGGGGCCGUUUUCCAGGGGCUGUUCCUGGUGGGGACAGAUUUCCUGGGCCAGCAGGACCAGGAGGGCCACCCCCACCUUUUCCAGGAAAUUUGAUCAAGCAUCUUGUUAAAGGAACUCGGCCUUUGUUCCUGGAAACUAGGAUUCCAUGGCAUAUGGGGCACAGCAUAGAGGAAAUACCCAUUUUUGGCCUAAAAGCUGGACAGACUCCACCACGUCCACCAUUAGGUCCUCCAGGCCCACCUGGUCCACCAGGUCCUCCACCUCCUGGUCAGGUUCUGCCUCCUCCACUAGCUGGGCCUCCUAAUCGAGGAGAUCGCCCUCCACCGCCAGUUCUUUUUCCUGGACAACCUUUUGGGCAGCCUCCAUUGGGUCCGCUUCCUCCUGGCCCUCCACCUCCAGUUCCAGGCUACGGCCCCCCUCCUGGCCCACCACCUCCACAACAGGGACCACCUCCACCUCCAGGCCCCUUUCCACCUCGCCCACCUGGCCCUCUUGGGCCACCCCUGACACUUGCUCCUCCUCCGCAUCUUCCUGGACCACCUCCAGGUGCCCCGCCACCAGCUCCACAUGUGAACCCAGCUUUCUUUCCUCCACCAACUAACAGCGGCAUGCCUACAUCGGAUAGCCGGGGUCCACCACCAACGGACCCAUAUGGCCGACCCCCACCAUAUGAUAGGGGUGACUAUGGGCCCCCUGGAAGAGAAAUGGAUACUGCAAGAACGCCAUUGAGUGAAGCUGAGUUUGAAGAAAUCAUGAAUAGAAAUAGGGCAAUCUCAAGCAGUGCCAUUUCAAGAGCUGUGUCUGAUGCCAGUGCUGGUGAUUAUGGGAGUGCUAUUGAGACAUUGGUAACUGCAAUUUCCUUAAUUAAACAAUCCAAAGUAUCUGCUGAUGAUCGUUGCAAAGUCCUGAUUAGCUCUUUGCAAGAUUGCCUUCAUGGAAUUGAGUCUAAGUCUUACGGUUCUGGAUCAAGAAGACGUGAACGAUCGAGAGAGAGGGACCAUAGUAGAUCACGAGAAAAGAGUCGACGUCAUAAAUCCCGUAGUAGAGAUCGUCAUGAUGAUUAUUAUAGAGAGAGGAGCAGAGAACGAGAGAGACACCGGGAUCGUGACCGAGACCGUGACCGCGAGCGGGACAGAGAGCGCGAGUAUCGUCAUCGUUAGAGAAGUAUAUACCUACAUUUUAAAUGGUCCAACUACAUGUUCUGAAUUUAAUCUUCUGGAAACGUCUGAGAAAAAUGACAGGUAAGAAAUGACAGGUAAAGAUUUUGCUCUUUUAUCCUUGAAUAUUAUAUUGCUGAGUUACCACUUUUAGGUUUCAGAUUAUUAAUAGUCUUAAGAAAGCAAAAAAUAAUCAAGAGGACUGAUUGUGUACUUCCAAAAUCUGUAAAUGGGGAGUCUCUUAACUACAGCUUACGUGUGAUUUAAAAUAUAAAAUACACGGAGUUAUUUGUAUACAUUAUGUCCUUGGAUUUUUAAAAAUAAGCUUAAAGUUUCUGUCUUGGAACUUACUUCAUUUGUCCCUGAAACUUUUAAAGAAAAUCUAACACAGUAAUUUAUAGUACAGGAAGAUACUUUCUUGCCAUUGAAAGAGCUUUUUUACUUUUUAAAAAAAACUGUUUCAUAAAGGACUCUUUUCCUGGCAUCUGGUUUUUGCUUUUAAAGUGGGGGGAGGGUAAACUAUCCUUUUAAGUUGCAAAGAAGAUGCAAAAGUUACUGAAUUAAAGUGGAUUCAGUGUAGUCCGUAUCUAAAAAUUGUAAAUUGUAUUAAACCAUAUGUCCUAAGUUAGAAUAACUUUGAAAUAAUUUUCUUUGAUGUUUCAUUCAUAAACCAUAAUCAUUGUGUCUUUUUUUCUGUAUUUUAAAACAAUUUCUUGUGUACAUUUUUCAUGAAGUGGGGAGAGUUGUCUGUUUAAACUUCAUUUUCACGUGUGAUUUUAUUUUUAUAUCUGUGAACAGCAUUCAUGUGAAAAGUGGGGGAGGAUACUACACGGCUUGUACAUGUAAUACAAAGGUUACUUUGUAAACAAAUAUUUUUUCUUUAUAUGUUUGUGGCCUGUCCAAAUUAAGGUAGGCUAAAAUAAACCCCUUGUAGGUAACUAUUCUUUACAAGAUUAUUUUCAGCUAUAAUGAGAAACUUCUUGAAAAUUUAAUCAUGGUAAUUGUUAGUAUUUAAAUUGUCAUGGGCAAAAUCAAAGGCUUUAUCAAAUAUGUAAUUUUGUAACAGAAUAGCAGUUUCUUUAACCAUAACAUUUAGCAGAUGAAAUCCUUUAAAUAAUACCAUUUAAGAAAUAAGUAUGUAAGUUUUGUUACUUUUCUGGAGUACAAAUAAGCUGUUAUACUGUUUACAGUUUUAAGGGCUUUUUGACCUGAAAAGGCCAUUCUUAAUACUUUUCCUUGCAUUUAGAAUAAUACAUCUUGAAUAUUUAUCAAGCCUUAGUUUCUAAAUAGUUCUCCAUGUAUCGUAUUGCAAAAUAUAAGUGAUUCUCACAACAUGCCUUUAAUAUGAGGCAAAAUUAAGCUUAUUGAAAUUGAUGUUGUUUUGGAUAUAAGAAAUGAAUGUUGUAUCAUGUAAAUCUGAGCACUAAAUUUUAAUGAUGGAGCUUUUUUCCCCCCCUUCAACUGACUAGAUCUGAUCCCAUCUUAUGAAAAAAAUUCCCAGGGUCCAGCAUCUGCUUGAGGUGAAUUGUAGCCAGGUUAUAAUUUUGAAAUGUUUAACUAUAUCAGUCAUUUCAUUUAUAGAAAGGUAUAGGUUCUACCAAAAAAAAUUGUAUUUUUAUUUAGACUUUGUCAGUUAUGAACAAGCUUCUAGUUACUGCAGCAUGAUAAUGAAGCUUGCAUACAUUUUCAGUCACCUACAAAUUGAAUGAGCCCGUCAAGGGGCCUCUCUGGAUCAGUUUAUCCACAAAGUUAGUUAAUGGCAGUUUUCUUAUUAAAAAAAAACAAAAACCAAACCCGCUGCCAUCAAGUCAAUUCCGACUCAUUUCUUAUUAGUUUUAGUAAAAUUAACAUAGUCAAGUACUCCAUCUAAAAAGUGCAUUGUUAAUUUUAAAUACUUGAAUUAACUAACAUUAUAGUCCAGUAAUGGGUACACCUAACUAUAUCAUGACUUGAAUUUCAUUACAUUCAGACAUUAACUAUGAAUUCGUAACUUGCAAACUGUUGUUGACAUUUUUUUCUGAAUCACUGAUGUAUCAUACCAGAAUUCCCAUGUUUUGUUUGUACAUUAAUCAGAAUUGAGUUGUAAUAUUGUUAUGUGCCUUCAUCCAAGCAAAAAUUUACAUAGUAAGCAUUUCUAAUGCAAAAGCUUCUGUUAUCCUGGAAUAUUGUACCUUUGCUCUACUAAACAAUAUUGAUUGUGGAUGUAGAUGUGAAUAAAGGGGUGGGGACUGAGGUCAAAUAUAUUCUAAUGAAAACUCUUAAACAAAAAAACUACCUGCAAAUUUCAUCACAAUCACAAUAAGGUCUAUUGUUGACCUCUUUAGAAGUUUUAAAAUAUGAGUCCUUUUGAGCUUUCAUGUAAAUCUGAAAUGGACUAAGUGGAAUGAUAGUAACUUGAAAGCUAAAAAUGAAUGUCAGUUUUAAAUCUGUAUAUAAAUAAAACAAUAAUGUAACCUUAUUAAACUGGUGAUGAAUGACCAAAAGGGCAAGUUCUUAAUUUAACUUGAAACUCAAUGAUGUUGGCAAGUUGUUAAUGUCUGUCCCAUUUUAAUUUUUUUUUUUUUGUGUUUGAAUUGUUGGUAAUGUUAAUUGCAUUCUUUCACUUCAAAAAAUGUAUUCGUUUUUCUAAGAGCUUUCAAUAUCUAAGUUCAAAUAGGUAAUAUUUUCAUGGGAAAAUAUCAGUAUUGUAAAUCUCAGUUUGUAAAUACAUUGUGCUUAAUACUCUGUAAUUUCUGCCUCUAUUCUCAGACCACUCUGAGCAAAAUAAGAGUAGUUCAGUGCUAGAAUAUAUUGUAUACUUCUUACAGAAAUUAUUUUACUCUGAUAUUUUCUUUCAGCUUUCUCUCCUCUUGCUACUUGUUUCAAGCAGCCCUACUCAGCAAAUUUCAGUUAACAGUUCAGCUUUUGCUUUGGUACUGGAAAGUAAUGAAAGCAGAUUAUUAUGUUUUUAAUAUUCUUUAUUUAGCUUCAUCAUCUUCCUGAUUUCUGAGGUUUUACAUAUUCUCAAAUCAUCCAUUUCUUUAGUAAAAUUUUAAAACAUUUUGUUUGGGGAUCUGGAUUGAAUAACUCUCUACUUUGCCAUGUUACUAGUUUCUUCCUUCUGCCAUACAUGAUCUUAGAUUUUGUUGUUAAAUAUGCAGGACUUAGGAUGAUUUGCAUUUUUCCCUUCAGCCAAGAUACUGCUUAUAUAGCCAUGUAUUAAUUCGGGGGAAAAAAAAUACAAAAAGCCCAGAGAAGCAUUUAAGUUGUUCUUUCUUACAUGUUUAGAUGUUUCAUCUUCUUAGAAGUUGGUAUUGCUUUAAGGCUUAUGUGAAGAUUAAACUGUCUUAAUUCCCUGAUGAAUGAUAAUGGUUGUUAAUAAUAGUAAAAAUUAUUUAUGCAACUCCUAGGUCAUCUGAGACCUGCCUGAUAUUUCCCAGCCCUAUGUUUCUGUGUGUUUUCCUGUAUUUCUUUAACUGCUUUACUUCAUCUGGAUAUGCUAGCUUUCCUUUGUUUUAGUUCUAGUUUUCCUUGCUUUUAGUAUUAUUUGCAAAACUUGUCUCUACAUAACUAUGUAAUUGAAGCAGUAAGAGGAAAGGAAGUGAUCCCUUGAGUGGGUGUAUAGUGUUUUGCUCACUGUGGUUUAAGAAUAUAAUUAUGUUCACAAAUGGUUAAUGUUCCCUGUUUUAAAAAAUUUCAAUGCCAAUGUGGAUCACCUUGCUCUCACCUUCAUCUCGCUGUGAAAUCUACUACAGUUGUUUUAGUUUGUAAAUUAGAUUAUUUUGAAUAAAUAUUUAGUUAGCAUUGCCUAAAGAAAACUCAAUAAUCAAAAAGUGGUAAGGGUGCCAUAUAUGCUAUCCAGCUUCACUAAUACACCGUUUUGUGGUAGCAUGUUUUAACUCUCACAGUGAAUUCCAAAUAACAUCCUGUUUUGAAAUGUCCCUUCUGUGAAUCUUUUUGGGGCAAAACUAAUUUUUCUUUGACUGUGAUGAAGUUUGUUUGUAUUUAGUAGACUAUCUAAACCAACAGCCAUGUAUACAUUUUAUAGUGUUAUAAAAUGCUUUAGUUAAACUGAGGUAAGUAUUAUGUUCAAAAGUAAAAAGAAGAAGAUAUGAAAUGUUUUUGUAGUAAACAUCUAUAAUAAAAACAUCUACCAAAAAAAAUUUUUUUUUUUUUUUUUUGUGAAAUACACUGUGGUCAGUGCAAAAAGGAAUUGAGUUAACUUGUAUGUAGAUACUUCUAUUUCUUUUGCCCACCCCAUCUCCAUUCCUCUUAUUUGGUUAAGGAGAAAUUUUCAGAUUUAAAAAAAUGAAUUUUAUUUCUUCGAGUUUAAAUUAAAGUACAUCUCAUUAAACAAAAAACCCUGUAGGACAGGGUAAAACUUCUCUGUGGGGUUUUCAAGGAACGCCGGGUGGAUUCGAACUGCUGGUUAGCAGCCGAACUCUUAACCACUAUGCCACCAGGGUUUCCAGAAUAUUUUAAUUAGAUAUAUUAAUAGGGAAACAUAUAAGCCAUAUCAAAUAUAUAUUAGAAUCUUUUACUUGAAAAAUGAACUUAACCAUGAGUUUAGAAAUACUGGCACUAAAAAAUUUGCUUGAGUAAGUUUCUAAUUAUGAGAAACACUCAUAGUUUAAAUUGUUAAUAAUGGCUUAAUCUUUAAUUACCUAAAAAUGGAGGUAUUUCUCUGUGUAUUGAAAUUUUACGUAGUCCUCACUUUAGUUUACAGACUUCGUUAAAGAUCUGUAGAUUGCAUUUGUUUUAAUAACUGUUCACAUAGGUCUUCUUUUAUAACUAAGAGCUAAAGCAAGUAAUUGUAUGGCUUCGACAGCACAGAUUUGACCAGAUGAUAUUCUGAAAACAUGGGUAUUGAAUGUAUGUUACUUUUAACUUCUUUUGGAUGUUUUUGUUUAUGCAGAUGUCUACUUAGAUAUUUGAGACUUUAAUAUGGAAUUUGAUUUUGGGAAAUGGGUUGUAUUGCCUUCAGAGUUGCUUCCGUUUGAGACUGUAAAAUUUGUAUUUCCAAAUGGAUAAAUGUAUUUAGAAAUAGAAUAAAACGGCAAGAAUAUCGUCUAGAUCUUAUAUUAUCUGUAUGGUGAAAAAUAGAGGUUUAUUAAUAGUAAAGAUCCAUCUAUAAAGUAUAAUCAAGCAAAAAGUGAAUGCAUUCAUCUUGGAUAAAGAUGAGUGCUUUAAUUUCAUGAACAGGUUUCUCUAUAGAAAAAGGAGUAACAUUCUGCAUCGAAGUGAUGAAUGAUAUAAAUUUGGUAUAUUUUUUUGGGUUGAAUAUUUUUCCCUUUUAAUGACCUAAAACUUUCUAUAUUCCUGCCAGCACAACAAAAAUUUUAGGGAGAUAGUUUUUUGCAGUAAGAUUUCAUGAUCCUUUGUCAGAUUAGAACAUUUACCUUAUCUCUUUCUUUAGAUAGUACAUUGCAAAUAAUAAAAAUAAGACAUUUGAAAGCUGCCAUUUUAGAUUUUUUUCUAUUAAUAAUUCCACCAAAUAGCUUCAUCAACAUAAGAUGAAGGUACAGUAAAGGGAAAUAGAAAUCGUUCAAGUACCUCUGAAAAAUACAGGCAUCCAGAAACUAUUUAAAAGAGAAAAUUCAGAGUUUUGUUCUUUUCCAGUUAUAAAAUUUAGAUUUUUACUGCCAGGCAUUAAGGAUGCAUAGAUGCCCACAGCCUUGUUGGGGAAGAAAAGACAUAAAAGAUAAAAUUUAUCGCUGUGACAAAUUACUCUUAAUUGUCGAACAAAAAAUAUUUUUCAGUUAUUUUUGUGGCAAAAUAUCACUGAACAUUGUGCCCUUUUGACUCUUAAAGUUAUUGAAAUGCUCUCUUGGAAUUUACAUCUAAAAUACCUGGUGUGUUUCAGUGAUCACAUAUAUCCAAGUUAAUUGAAUGUUUCAGUUGUGAACCUCUACCUGAAUUUUGCGUAUUUAUGUAUUCUUGAAUUUUAGUUUAUCAAAUUUAUUGGUUUUUUUUUUUUUCUUUAUGUGUGAGUUUUCAAUGAAAUUUAUCAUUGUAGAUUCCCAUUUAGCUUGUUUUUGGUUAGUUUAUAUACUAUCAUAGAUAUUUUGAUACAGGUGAAAUUAAAAGUAAAUGUUUUAAAUUUGUAUCAUGUAUAAAGAUUUGUACAUGGAUGUCAUUUAUUUUAAGUGCCCAUACUGAGCUACCUAUUUAUAAAUUUUCCUUACAAAUUUUGUAAUUUGGAGCAGCAUUUGAUUUAUAGUAAUUGCAGAAAUUCCUGUAUGCUGUGAAAUAAAUACAACUAAUUUGUAAAAUAAUUUAUUGCAUUUUAUAUUCAAUUCAGCAUUUAAUUGUUAAAUGAGUUAAUAUAGAAUUGAUAAUGUGGAUGAAUGAAAAACAUUUACAUUAAAAUCAUCUAAGCAUUUUUCCAUUUAUUUUUGUAGUGUGCGUACUUUAGAAAAUGACUUAUAAAUGUUCCCAUCACCAGAAACAGUAGCUGUUAUGUUUCCAUUUCUGUUUUAUUCAUUAAAUUUAUAAGGCAGUAAAUCUAAGAAGAGUGAAACAAGAAUGUCUCAGUUUCAAAACAUCAGAUAAGUUGGGAGUAUUUCUCCACCACAAAGGCAGCUACUGUUUCGGUUCAUUCUUAUUUUGUCUUAGAAAACAUAAGAGUGAAGUAGAUGCACGACUUGUAUAUGUAUAGUUAAGCCAGCGUUUUUCUGUGUAUUAUGGGGAAUAGCAAAAUCUACAUCACAAAUUUUGACACAUUACAGCUGAAGGAAGAGGAACACCUUCCAAGACAAAACAGUCUUCAUGGGGGAAAAUGACGCUUGUCCAGCAGUUUGCUUCUUGUGAUUGAACUGAACCUGUAAGGAUUCAUGGAUAAAAUGAACAGGAAUAGAUCUGAAUAAAGCAAAUCUGCAUAAAUGGUAACCAGUAGCUCUACUUUUACUUUUUAUGUUGCUUAACUGUUUUAUUUGAAGGAAACCUGUGUGAUUUAAAAAGUUAAAGCUUUUGCAACUUUAUUACUGGUUAUAUACAUUUGGCCAUUACAAUGUGCAAGCAGUUGGAAAAAAGUCAAGUAAAUGCUUGUUUUUAUAGUAGUUUGUUCUUGUUAAAAAUGUUCAUAUGAUAAUGUCUGUAAACAGCACCACUUUGAUUACAAUAGAUGUAGUGUUGUAAUAAACUGUUUAAUGGGGCUGAUGUGUAAAGCUGUUCAAGUUAUUUGAUGUUUACACCUCAGGGAAAGUCUUGUGUUCAGCAAUAUCUAAAGAUAAUGUUACUAUGACAACAUUUAUACUGUCCUUUAAAAAGCAUUGCAAUAGCGUUUUUUGAAUAUGCAUCAAUCUAAUCUUGCGUUCAGUGAAUUAAACAUACUAAUUAAGUGUCUCUUGCCGUUGAUUUUGAUAUUAGAAUAGGUGAUUACAUGGAUAUUUAACAUUUCUAUAUUCUGCUUUUCUAGCUGUUUUUAUCUAGUUAGCUUGUGAGUUCACUGAAUGGUAUGUAAGCUUGUAAAAACUGAAAUCUGACAGGAUGGCGGCCCAGUCAGUGUGUUAGGGGUCAAAAAGAUUUGUGAUUUUAACAUUCUGGUAAAAACCUGUACAUUAUUUGCUACAGUAAUGCAGCUUAAUUACAACACAGAUAUAUUGAAACACUUAAUUGUGAACUGCUAGCAUUGAAGAAAUAUUUUGAUAGUUCUGAUUUGAUGCUGCAGUUAAUUUGCUGUUUUAUAUUGAUGGUGCUUAUGGUUUGAUUUUUUCUGAGCCAUAGGCAAUGUAAAUACAACCAUGCAGCAGAUAAAUAUGAGUAAAGAGAGCCUUAGUUUAAUUUUUCAGUUGCUAUAGAUUUCUGAAGGGUGUGAUGUUUAUUAACAUUGGGUUGAAUCCCCUUGCAUCUGUAAUGGGAGAUUAUAGGUGCACUGUAGCUCCACAGUUGAAGGAAUUCUUUGUGUGUUCAUGCAAGCUGUUGAUUCGUGCUAGAGCUUCUGAGUUAAUCAAAGAUUUUUUUCAAACCUGCCUUAUGUGUAGGCCCACAUUAAAUGCACCUUGUAGCAUGUGUUCUUAAUUGAAAAAUUAAUAUAGGCAGAGUGUCAGCGUAAUUGGACAUUUUCAUAGGAAGAUCAUUUCAGAUCACUACUUCAGAAAUUUGUUGAGUUCAAAUCCAUAAGCAAGUUAACUUGUUUUUAAGAUCUGAUUAUCUUUGAGAGAUCUUCUGAUAAUGCACAUUGGUUUUUAAAGAACAGCCAAAUUUGAGGACAGUGCUUAAAGUAUUUAGGUACCCUAGAUAUUAUGUAACAUGCACCUGUAGAAGCCCUUUAGAGA